GCCGUCUGCCCAGCCUCACAGCAGCCGCCGGCGAAUUUCGAAGCUCAGGUGAAGUAAGAAAAGAGAUCACUUGGUAUUUGGCGAGAGAACAAAAUGCAUGAUCAUAAGAGGUCUGGGGAGAAUAUUUUGGACAACAUAAUAGAAACCAUUGCUGAUGCUGUGCCAAAGCAGAAGUCUGGCGGAUUCUUCAAUGAGGGCUCUUCGGUCUCCGAUAAGUUAAAUAGCAAGCUAAACAAGCAAUUUGGGCGCCAGAAGUCCGUUCAUCAUAUUUUGGGUGGCGGAAAAUCUGCUGAUUUGUUUUUGUGGAGAGAUAAGAAGAUAUCUUCUAGCGUCUUGGUUGGCGCAACACUUGUAUGGGUUUUCUUUGAAUGGCUUGAUUACCAUUUUCUCACUAUUAUAUGCUUCGCUCUUGUUAUUGGAAUGGUUGUUCAGUUUGUUUGGUCUAAUGCAUCCGGCAUAAUUAAUCGGUCUGCAUCCGAAGUUCCUCGGCUUGUCUUGCCAAAUGAGUAUUUUGUGAAUGCUGCUGUUUCUGUAGGUGCACAAGUCAACAUGUUCUUAGCAUUCAUUCAGGAUGUUGCAUGCGGAAGAGACAUAAAGAUGUUUGCAAUGGUUGUCCUUGGCUUGUGGGCAGCUGCUGUCAUUGGAAGCUGGUGCAACUUUCUUACCGUCCUUUACAUUGGUGAGUAAGCUUGUGUUGU